GCCGGGAAAUCACGGAGGGGUCGCUACCUAGAGGCUGGGGCCCCGUCCACCCAACCUAAUAGUCAGUGUGACCACCGCAUGCUUGGAGCACUGUGUGUACAGAGGUUCCAGUGGGUGUGAGGUGGGAGCAGAGGUCCACUCCUCACCCAGACAUCGCCCCUCCUGGAGUAUUAAGCCCUGAAGAAGAUGCAGUAAUUGCCUGAAGAGCUUGAAAAGCAGCAAAGAAGGAUGAACAGUGAGGAGGAGUUUUUUGAUGCCGUCACAGGCACCGACUCUGACAAUUCAUCUGGAGAGUUCACAGACACCAGCCAGAGGAUCGCACAGAUGACGCUCCCCGACCAGAGCACGGCGGCCGAGGACGAGAGGGGUCCGCAGGAGAAUGGGGUGAAGAAGCAUCGGACCGCCCUGCCUGCCCCGAUGUUCUCCAGAAAUAAUUUCAGUAUCUGGAGUAUAUUGAAGAAGUGCAUUGGACUGGAACUGUCGAAAAUUACCAUGCCGAUCGUCUUUAACGAGCCCCUGAGCUUCCUGCAGAGAAUUACAGAAUACAUGGAGCACACAUACCUGAUCAACAAAGCCUGUUCCUUCUCAGAUCCCCUGCUUAGAAUGCAGUCAGUGGCUGCUUUUGCGGUCUCGGCUGUGGCGUCUCAGUGGGAGAGAACAGGGAAACCAUUCAACCCUCUUCUUGGAGAAACGUAUGAAUUAACAAGGGAAGACUUGGGGUUCCGAUUAAUCUCCGAACAAGUCAGCCACCACCCGCCCGUUAGUGCCUUUUACGCUGAGGGACUGGACAAAGACUUCAUCUUCCAUGGCUCCAUCUAUCCCAAGCUGAAGUUCUGGGGGAAGAGUGUAGAAGCUGAGCCCCGAGGGACAAUCACCUUAGAGCUACUCAAGCACAAAGAGGUCUAUACAUGGACGAAUCCCACCUGCUGUGUGCACAACGUCAUCAUCGGAAAACUGUGGAUAGAGCAGUACGGCACCAUGGAGAUCGUAAACCACAGCACUGGUGACAAGUGUGUUCUCAACUUCAAGCCCUGUGGGCUGUUUGGGAAGGAGCUGCACAGAGUAGAAGGUCAUAUCCAGGAUAAGAAUAAAAAGAAGCUUUGUGUAAUCUACGGGAAAUGGACUGAGUGUUUGUGGUGUGUAGAUCCCGCUACGUAUGAAGCGUAUAAGAAGUCUGAGAAGAAAGGUGAACAGAAGAAAUUUAGACAGAAUGAAGAAUCCGUAAACUCCGAGGCUGAUGAAGCAGAUGAUAUGCCUGAGGUCCAAGAGACUGUGCAGGUCAUCGCUGGCAGUAAACUUCUCUGGAGGAUCAGCAGUCGACCUUCAAACUCCUCUCAGAUGUACAACUUCACCAACUUUGCUGUGACCCUCAACGAGCUAGACCAAGACAUGGCGUCUUCUUUGGCCCCCACAGACUGUCGUUUAAGACCUGACAUCAGGUAUAUGGAGAAUGGAGAUUUAGACCAGGCUGGUAAAGAAAAGGAAAGAUUAGAAGAAAAGCAGAGGGCAGCCCGGAGGGAGCGGGCAAAGACCAGUGAGGAGUGGAAUACAAGGUGGUUUGCACAGGCGACUAACCCGCACACUAAGACUUCUGACUGGCUCUAUACUGGAGGAUACUUUGACAGAAAAUUCACAGACUGUCCUGAUAUAUAUUGAUACCCAUCCUCCUGGACUUCUUGUUUUACAUCAGAUCUAGGCAUCAUAUCAACCUUUGCACCGGAGCCAGGGCUCGCUAUCUGUGUCUGCGGAGCUGGGUGUAUAAUAUAUAUAUUUAUAUAUAAGCACCUACUUUAUUUUCUUUUUAGGAUACGUUAUUGUUCAGCAAUCGGGGAAUUGAUUAUUUAAGAAAUUUGGUUGCCAAAAAUAAGAGCUGAUUUUUGUGUUAGUUUGUAUAUGCAAGUGACAUAGGCAUAUACAGACAAACACAGAUCCCUUUGUAGCCAGCAGCGUGGGGGACAGUCUGCUUUCCAAUGUUUUGUCUGACUUUAAGGACUACUCAUUAGUGAGCACGUGUCAAUCACUUCAACAAUCCCAGCUAAUGGUAUGUAACAAAUCUGUAUCAACUUAAUGACUGUUUUUAGUAAUUAGCCUUCAUUGGUGACUGGAUUGACAAGCUUCAACCUCCUGGGCUAUAAUUUUCCGUAUGUUGGUCAUUUAGGUCAGGAUGUUCUGGGCACAGCUCAUAAACACGGGGACUACUGAUUUAUUUUUUAUUUUUUCCCUAUAAGGGCCGAUACAGUGCAGCCCCCUCCUGCAGCCCGCAAGCAGCACUAUGCCAGAUGUGAAUAUAAACGUUUUAGACUGUAAUUGCAUUGAGUAGGUCCCAUUGCCGCCUAUAGUUAUGUGACGAUACUAUUCAAAUCAUAGAAAAUGUUUGCAAGUCUCCAGAAUUUUGUAGCACCCUUCUGAUCCCAAAGAUGAGUCUUAUAUAUUUUUUUAGAAAUAAAGAAUAUUGCAUACAAUCCCGGUCACGCAGACAGUUCCUGAAGGUCUGGUUCCGCACAGUUGUUCUCAGCGCUCCUGCUGUACUGCUGCUUGAGACAUUAAGCAAUUACAUUUUUCGAGUUUCCCCUUUUGACACAGUGAUCUAGGCAAGCAUAGGGGUCGCGUCACACCAUGUUCAAUUCAUAUUCCUGUGUUUGUGUGGCCCCUGGCAUUUUCUGUCCUGACCAUUGCCACUUGAAUUGACGUAAGCAUGCACUCUAAUUCCGGCAGUCUAUGAAUUUCAGUCAUUAUAACCUGCCUUGAGGUUAGCUCAUGUUGGCAUCUAAUCUCUGCACCACUCUCCCCUUGGCUUCAUUGAAUUAAGCAUGCAUGUUCAGAUGAUCUGUUCACGCCAAUCAAUUGUAGCCUCCCGUGAUUAGCUGAUGUUGGCAGCUUUUCUGUGUGCCCACUGUACUCCCUACCUGCAUUAACAUAAUCAUGUACUGUACUCUCACUCAGCCAAUAUGUGUAUGUCAAUCAUUAUCAUCUCCUGUGUGGCUAGCACACAUCCUCACAGCCUGCCUUGACAUAAGCAUGCAUACUCGCCUAUUCUGGCUAUAUGCUUAUGCAAAUCAUUAUUGCUGUUAAUGGAGGACUCCUAUUAACGGGGAUAGGUAAAAUCAUAUUUAGUAUCCACAUUUAAAUGUCCACCCUUGAGCACCGUACAAUAGACACGAUCUACAGGAGUGUCACUGUGUACAUGCAUUACUUAUCCUGUACUGAUCCUAAGUUACACCCUGUAAUAUACUCCAGAGCUGCACUUACUAUUCUGCUGGUGG